CAUGGGCAGAAGCAGUCUGUUGACGGUUGCUGUGGUGCUGAUUCUGGUAGCGAGGGCUGGCGGAGACCAGAAUGACCCCCUUUUUAAGUGCCUGGAAGACUCAGACUACGAGGAGCUUCUCCAUAUAGUGGAAAACGGGCUUCCCCCUACAAAGACACCACGCCACAUCGCCAUCGUCGGGGCCGGCAUGGCCGGGCUCACUGCCGCAUACUUCCUGGAGCAAGCGGGGCAUAAGGUGACCCUGAUCGAGGCCAGCAGACGCAUCGGUGGGAGAGUGGAGACGCACAGGGAUAAGGCAGAAGGCUGGUACGCUGAGCUCGGAGCCAUGAGGAUACCCAAUUUCCACAGAAUUCUGCAGAAAUUCAUCGAACAAAGGGGCCUCAAGCUGAACAAGUUCAUCGAGGAGGACAUCAACACGUAUUACCUGAUUAAAGGCCAGCUAAUGAAGACUUACAAAGUGAAGUACAACCCUGAUGUCCUGAACUACACCCUGAACGAGAGGGAGCGAGGAAAGUCCGCCAGCGAGCUCUUCGACAUGGCUCUGUGGAAGAUUAGAGAUGACUUGAAAAGAAGUGGAUAUAACUGCUCAGUGUUGAGAAACUACGACUCCUACUCUGUUAAGGAGUACCUGCUGAAGGUGGCUAACCUGAGCCACGGGGCAGUGCACAUGAUCGGAGACAUCCUGAACGAGAAUAGCUUCUUCUACACAGCGCUGACCGAGUCCCUGCACAUUCAGGCUGACAUCAACGACAACACCACGUACUCUGAAAUCACCGGCGGUUUUGAUCUUUUGCCAAAUUCGUUCUACCAGAUUCUGAACUCCACCAUCCUACGCAAUUCCACAGUGAGACGCAUCAGUCAGACCAAGGGUGGCGUGACUGUGUCCUACAACGGCCCUGCUAACCCCUCCAGUCUUAAAAGUCUCACGGCCGACUACGCCCUGGUGACAACCACCGCCAAGGCGGCGCUGCUCAUCGACUUCCAGCCGCCGCUGUCGGACGCGAAGAUGGUGGCGCUGCGGGCCGUGCACUACUCCAGCUCCACCAAGGUGGUGCUGACCUUCAGCGAGAGGUUCUGGGAGAAGGAGCACAUCAGGGGCGGGAGGAGCAUCACAGACCUUCCCUCGCGCUUCAUCUACUACCCCAGCCACAGCUUCCCAGGGAGAGGGGGGGCGCUGCUGGCCUCCUACACCUGCUCUGACGACUCCGCCCUCUUCCAAGGCAUGGAUGACGAGCGGCUGAAGGCGCUGGUGCUGAACGACCUGGUGAAGAUCCACGGGGAGGGCAUCCGCCGCCUCUACACCGGGGGCGUGGUGAAGAAGUGGGGCCUGGACCCCCACAGCCUGGGGGCGUUUGCCAUCUACACCCCCUACCAGCAGACCUGGUACGCCAACACGCUGUUUGCGAGGGAGGGCCGGGUCCAUUUCGCUGGAGAGCACACGGCCACGCCCCAUGCCUGGAUCGAGACUGCCAUGAAGUCUGCGCUGAGAGCGGCCAAGAACAUCACCCUGAGCAUCAGCGGCGUGCAGCACUGA